UGAGAGAUCUUCCAAACCAAGCCUUUUUUGUUCUUUUCUUUUUCAAUCAACAAAAUGAAUUACCACCAACAAGCAAGGGAGACCUUAGCUCUUCAUCAUCUUCAGUCACAAUGACCAUAUUCAGGCAGAGGGUCAUUCUGCAGAAACCACAGCUUCCCCGCCUGCUGCAGGACUUCAGCUCUUACCCAACACAAGACGCCAGACGAAAGCCACUUCAGACGUUCACAGCUUCCCGGCCAGAGUGAGCCAUGACGAGGACUUCUACAUGCGUAUACCACUUCCUUGUUUUGAGCUGGUAUAUUUUUCUCAAUUAUCACAUCUCACAAAAAGGAAGGAAUACGCAGAUGUCCAAAAUCUUUCAAAAUGGUGGACAGUGGAAAUACUUGACACUCCUUAAUCUGCUCUUGCAGGCCAUUUUCUAUGGGGUCGCUUGCCUGGAAGAUGUGCUGAAGAGAAUGAAAGGGAAAAAAGACAUUAAGUUCAUAACUGCCUUCAGAGACCUGCUUUUCACCACAUUGGCUUUUCCUGUAUCCACAUUUGUAUUUUUGUCAUUCUGGCUACUCUUUCUCUAUGACCGAGAACUUGUUUACCCUAAGGCCGUAGAUGGUAUCUUUCCAGUGUGGCUCAAUCAUGCAAUGCACACAUUCAUACUCCCCUUUUCCCUGGUUGAAGUCAUCCUCAGGCCACACUGCUAUCCAUUGAAGAAGAAUGGACUCACCUUGUUGGCUGCUGCGAGUCUUGCUUACAUUUGCAGGGUCCUAUGGAUCUACUCUGAGACUGGUACGUGGGUGUAUCCUGUGUUUGCCAAACUCAGCCCAGUGGGUCUAGCAGCCUUCUUCUCUCUCAGCUACAUCUUUAUUGCCAGCAUCUACCUACUUGGAGAGAAGCUCAACCACUGGCAAUGGGGUGAAAUGAGGCAGCCAAAGAAGAAGAAGUGAUUAUAUGCUGUUUUCCAAAAACUAAAAAGGAAGAAAACACAAGAGGGUGUUCUUUUCCCAUCUUUUGGGUUUUUUUUGUUGUUGUUGUUUGUUUUUUGGUGUGGGGAGGUGGUGGAGAAACAUAAGAAAGUAAAAAGGACAGGAAACAAUAUUUAAAUUAAAAAUAGGGUUAUGCAGGUAGCUCAAUUUGAGGACUCUUGGGUUUUAAAAGGCCAUGCAAAAUUAACUCCUGCUGUCUCAGAAUUUGUGACCUUUGUCUGAACUCUGAAGAGUAUUGUCUGUGGUCAAAAUCUGACCAUAACUCCCCUCCCCCGAAAACAAAAAAACACCCCCCCACACACACAAAAAAAAACCACCUCAUAAACUCAGAGUUAGAGAAUGUUUAGACAGAGAAAGAAGUUCGGAUAAUUCAACAUCUUCACUUUACAGAAGAGGUUGGCGAGAAUGUAGAUGAGAAGUUACCUGCAUGAGGCCAAAGAGUUCGUGUCAGAACUAAGCCAGGAGCUUUUGUCUCCCAGAUCUCUUAAUUUCCAAUCCUGUGCCAUGUUUUUAAUAAUCCCAAAUUUCCUAAAAACAAGCAUUUUCAUAAGCUAGUUAUUUUCAUGGAUUUCUCAUCUGUUUUUCCCCCUCAAUCUAGACAGAAGUGUAGGGAGAUUCUACCUGGUAUGGUAUAAUGGCAAAUUAUUUGGGGAAAUGAAAAAAUCAGUUAUAAAAAUAUUAGGAAAUCUUUCCCCCUUGUGAGCAAGCAUUCAGGGCAAGUAUAAACACUGAACAUAAUGACAUUGUCAAAAUCUCUUCCGUUCAAGUAUUGAUUAACUUGUCAAAUAAAUGUUGUACAUUUUACUUGGGGGACAGUCUAAGUGGGAAGUGAUAUGAUUAUGAGGACUGCUGAGAUUGCUUUGGUACAAAGUACUUUGCUAAGUUAGUUUAUGAUUUAACAAAGCUGAUUGUCAGCAAGCACAUUCAUGAACCCUGCUUCAAGUUUCCUAAUGGAAUUUUCCAGGUCUGUUUUUGCAAAGAAGUAUGUGGUGGGUAAAGAUAGUCAAAUCUAUUGGUGUGUCAAAGGCCCAGGUGCGUUGGGGUGUGGGCACCAGAAUAAAUUGUACUUGAGCUUCCCAACCAAACAUGAUACAGGAGAAAUUUGGUAAAAAUGGGUAAAACCUGGUAACACUGUGCCUAGGACCAAAUUAAAUCUUGAUUGCUACAUAACUGACCAUUGUGCAAUAUCUGUUCCAACUCCAGAAAUACCCCAAAAAUACCUAGAGUGCUCUUGCAGGGUUAGGGAAGAGAGCAGACUAUACAUAAGGCAGCAGUAGAAGGGAAGACUAGGACAGACACCAGGAAACCCGCCUGAUCCCUACUCCUCUACUCUCAUAUAAAUAGGAGCCUCAAGUCCUUCUGGAUUGAGCUGGGACACCCCCUCUUUUCCGGUACCUGCUGCUUCUUGACUGCUCCAAGCACCUGGUCUCAGCAGGAGCCCAGAGCAGUUGUCACAGUGGAAAUUCCCCAAAUCUGAAGCCUGCAGGGGAUCACCCAAAUUUUCCACACCCUAAAGAUGACUCUGGCUGCAUACUUCUCACAGUCAUAGUAAGCUCUUGGCUAGAAUGAGCCUGCAGAUUUCUAUUUGUGGCUUUACUGUCCCUAGGACCAAAUUAAGCCUUGAUUGCUACAUGACUGGCCAUUGUGCAGUAUCUAUUCCAACACCAGAACUACCUCAGAUUCAUUUCCCAUUGAGCACACAAUGCUUCCUUGGUGCUGCUGUAGCUUUGAAAAAGAGUAGCAACAAAACACCCAUGAAGAACAUUGAUUAAACAUUCAUUAAAGGGUAUGCAGUGCCCAUAUCAGGCUGUGUUAAGCUAUUAGUGUGUAAAAAACAAAUGAUUACAUACCAGCAAUAAUAUUUUUUUAAUUUUAUUUUAUUGUUUAAAGGAUUACAAAUAGUAGUACAUAUGUCUCCUUUAU